UCAUUACAAUUUCUACACACACAAACACAAGUCAGAAUCUUGAUCCAUUUUCAUUUCAUUGUUCAAUUCAAUGGCAAUGGCAACUCAAGCUUCCCUCUUCACCCCAACACUUUCAAACCAAACUUCCUUAUGGAAACAAGCCACCACCUUCACAGGUGUCAAACAUCUCAACCUGACCACCAGGACCUUCACCAUCAAAGCAGCUGCAGCAGCUGAAGGCACCCCUGCUGCUGCACCACCUGCAGCUAAAGAAGCACCAGCUGGUUUCACCCCACCUGAACUUGACCCAAACACCCCUUCACCCAUCUUUGCAGGCAGCACAGGUGGGCUCCUUCGUAAAGCACAAGUUGAAGAAUUCUAUGUUAUCACAUGGGAAUCUCCAAAAGAACAAAUCUUUGAGAUGCCAACUGGUGGUGCUGCCAUCAUGAGGGAAGGACCAAACUUGUUGAAGUUAGCCAGGAAAGAACAAUGUUUGGCUUUAGGGACAAGAUUGAGGUCCAAGUACAAGAUCAAGUAUCAGUUUUAUAGGGUGUUUCCUAAUGGUGAAGUUCAGUAUUUGCAUCCUAAAGAUGGUGUCUACCCUGAAAAAGUCAACGCUGGUCGUCAAGGUGUUGGUCAAAACAUGAGGUCCAUUGGAAAGAAUGUUAGUCCCAUUGAAGUUAAGUUCACAGGGAAACAACCUUAUGAUAUAUGAUUUUAUAAAUCAAUGAUAUAUGCAUGGGAUGAUUUGUGAUUAUGUAAUAUUGUUUCGUAAUUAUAAACUAAUGCUUUUUAUAUUUCA